UCACAAAUCAAAUAUCGCCACGUAUACAAGCAGACUUUCUCUGCAAAGAAGUGUUGGGCACAAACGGAGUUGCGAUCGGAGAGAGAAGCCGAAGAAAUCGAGUCGUUCCUCGUAUGUUCUGAAAAAUUAAAGAGAGAGAUACAGUGUGAGAGAGAGAGUCUUCUUCUGUUCCUUCGUCCUUCUUAUCACAGCAGACUGCUUCUUUUUCGGCAAUUUUGUUGGACUUUCGCGAUCGAGGAUUUCUCCGAGUUAUGUUCAAGUUCUGGGGUUCUCAGGAGCAACAAGCUCAACCACCCCCACAAGAAGUCUCUUCACAGUCUUGGUACCCUCCAUCAUUAGGUGGCUCUCCAAAUUCUUCCCGCCCUUCAACACCAGGUAGUUGCUCUUCUAGCGGUUACGCUUUGCAAAGGCCUACCGAAUCUCCAUCACCUGUUUCACCUGCUGAAGCUGCAGGCAUUAUUGCUCAUCUGAAGGACAAAAGUGUUGAUGAACUACGGAAGCUUUUGUCCGACAAGGAUGCAUACCAUCAGUUUUUGCUGUCACUUGACCAGGUCAAAAUUCAAAAUAAUAUAAGAGAUGAACUUCGCAAGGAAACUCUGCAACUUGCCAGGGAAAACUUGGAGAAGGAACCGCAGAUUACAGAGCUUCAGAACCAAUGUAGGAUAAUCCGGACAACUGAGUUGGCAGCUGCCCAGGAAAAGCUGAAUGAGCUAGAAAGACAGAAAGAAGAGAUUUUGAGGGCCUACUCCCCUGCAUCCCUUCUACAAAGGCUUCAAGAGGCAAUGAAUCAGACAGAAGCAGAGUCUGAGACCCUUCACCAGCAACUCCUUGAUAGAGAGACUGAUCUUGGGACUUUUGUGCAGAAGUACAAGAGGCUGCGGACCACUUAUCACAGGCGAGCACUCAUCCAUCUUGCGGCUAAAACCUCUUCGACCGGGUGAUUAACACAUGAUUGUCCAUGUAUACGUGAAUAUUUAAGGGAUUCUUUUACCAUUUCAGCAUCUGAAAAUUCGUAUGGUUUUGAUGCAACUGGUCCUUUGUUUUGGUUGUAAAUUUUGAAUUUCCUUUUUUUUGCUUUUAAUGUCUACUUUCUGAGUCCACCUUUCACAUCUA